UCUGAGAGGAAACGAGGCCGGAAAAUCCCAGCACGGCCUCCGCCAGCGGCAAACCGAAAUAAUGAAGGGGAAACGACGGAAUCAAAGCUGUCCUUUUUCGGCUUCUCUGGCAUACACUUGCCUUAUCUAUUCGAUUCUUGUCGUUGCUCGGAAUGAUCCACUCUUAAGUGUCUCCGCCACCACAAUAUCAUCUGCUGCUUCCACGAAACGAGUUGUUCCUCCAUCCUUCAUUCGAUGGAGAGCCGGAGCUUUUGGUAGCAGCAAUCGGGACGAUCCAACCGCAAACACCGAAGAUGAUUGCGAUUCGAACGAAGCAGAAAGAAAGGGAAAGAAAGAAAAAGACUACAAUCGAUACAACAUUGGAAACAAUAACAGCAACGACGCCAAAGUCGAAGAAUACGUGGCUGCAAUGAAGGAGCGCGAUGCCGGUCAAGAUCAGGUCGAUAAUAUCCCUGAAAGCGAUGCGGAUUCGAAUCCAUCCGGAGAAAGCUCGAAUAAAUCGUCGAGUAGUUCAUCUGUGACAAUUCACAAUAAGGAUUCAUCGUCGAAAGGGAAUAAGGGGGCAGAAAAUGCAGAAUCUUCUGUUGUGGGCGUAAAAUCUCAUAAAAAAUCAAAUGGUGUCGGCGAUCCAGAUGGAAGUGACGAUGACGACGACGACGAUGAUACCGACGACGACCUGGAUUCACUAUCUGAGUUUAGUGAAGAAUGGGAGGAGAUCGAAGAGACGUACGAUCAGUUUGCGAACGAUGUUUUUGAACCACAGGUGGAAGUGAAGGUUGAAUUGGUCGAGGAAGAAGAGAUUUUGGACGAAGAACAAGAAGUCGAUAGUGGCUCUUCUCGAAGUGGCUCUAUCGCAGCAAAAGGCGGGGGCGGUGUCGGCGUUCGGCUAGGUCGCAUUGCAAACCGGCGGAAGAACAGCCGUCGAAAAUCGUCCCCCGCGAAACCUUCAUACGAUCAGGCUAGACUACUAAGUGCAUGGAAUCCAUUCGUUUACUUUCCGCCCACACGAUCGGGAUUGGAUUUCCUUUCGAACAAUGCCCGCAUUCUGGAUGCCUCGUCAAAAAGUCGUCUAGAUCGCCGCACUCUAUAUGCCGGACUGCUACUGGAAUGGGGUGCUACGAACACCAAACUGUCAAGUAGUACACGCAAGUUUCUACCCGCAUCUUCCUCCCAGGCUCUCCAGGCGGCUCUUUCUAUAGCUACACAACCAACUUGGCGACAAUCUGCACCUCGAACUAGUGGGAUUCGCCUCUAUCAAGACGCCGAAAGCACGAAAGGAUCGACACUGGGAAUGCAAGAAACUGUUGCUAUGGCACUCGUAAGUUGUUCUCUUUUAUUUGAUACCAGAACGUAUCUACUCUACCCUGCGAUCGAUAGACACACUAUUGGAUACGUCGCUCACGGACAAUCUUAUGUAUUUAUCUCGUUUAUUGAUCUAAAUUGAUAUGGCGGUUUAAUUUCAGGCUCAUUCGUUAGGUUGUGGGAUGUUGAUUUUAGAUGAUCAUGUCAUCAAUAAGGUACGACAUCAAAU